GACCCGGACUCGGCGAGACGGCGGUAUCAGCUGAUCGCACGUAGUUUCAUUCACGCGGUCGCGUCAGGCGGUUCCUUCUGCUCCGAAAUCUCUCGCUCCUUUUCUCGAUUAGCCAUGAGUGUCUCGAAAGUGCCGAGCAACGAUUAUUGCGACUAUCGCAGCCCUCUGUCGACGCGAUAUGCCUCGAAGGAGAUGCGCUACAAUUUCAGCGACCAGAACAAGUUUAGCACGUGGCGCAAGCUCUGGAUUUACCUGGCCAAGGCUGAAAUGAAGCUCGGCCUGGCGAUCACGCCGGAACAGAUCGCCGAAAUGGAGGCCCACGUGGACGAUAUCGACUUCGAGGCCGCCGCCAAGGAGGAAAAGGCGACGAGGCACGAUGUGAUGGCACACGUUCACGUAUUCGGCGAACAGUGUCCCCUGGCUGCGCCUAUCAUCCAUCUUGGUGCCACCAGUUGUUAUGUGGGCGACAACACGGACCUCCUGGUGCUCCGCGAAGGCUUCGACAUACUGCUUCCAAAGCUAGCCAGCGUGAUCCAGCGCCUCGCGAAAUUCGCCCACGAGAACCGCAACCUGCCUACUUUAGGCUUCACUCAUCUUCAACCCGCGCAACUCACGACGGUCGGCAAAAGGGCGACCCUGUGGCUGCAGGACUUGCUGAUGGACGAGAGAGCUAUUCGUCGCGCCAGGAGCGACUUGAAAUUCCGCGGCGUUAAAGGCACUACCGGCACUCAAGCGUCUUUCCUUCAGCUCUUUAACGGCGAUGCGAAAAAAGUGAAACAACUGGACGCCGCCGUGACUAAGAUGGCCGGUUUCGACAAGUACUACGCCGUCACCGGACAGACCUACAGCAGAAAAGUUGACAUCGAAUGUCUGAACGUUUUGAGCUCACUCGGUGCGACCGUUCACAAGAUUUGCACGGACAUUCGUCUUCUCGCCAACAUGAAGGAGAUCGAGGAGCCUUUCGAGAGUACGCAGAUAGGCUCCAGCGCGAUGCCGUACAAGCGGAACCCGAUGCGCUCCGAGAGAUGUUGCAGCGUGGCCCGUCACCUGAUGGUUCUCGUGAACGACACCCUCCAUACCGCGGCGACCCAGUGGAUGGAACGAACGUUGGACGACUCGGCGAAUCGCCGGCUUGUCCUGCCGGAGGCCUACCUGUCGGCCGACUCGAUCCUGAUGACUCUCCAGAAUAUCACGGAGGGAUUAGUCGUUUAUCCCAAGGUCAUCGCCAGGCACGUGGCACAGGAGUUGCCCUUCAUGUCCACGGAGAAUGUGAUUAUGGCCAUGGUAAAGGCCGGCGGCGAUAGACAGGUUUGCCAUGAGAAAAUCCGCGUGUUGUCGCAAGAAGCCGGAGCGCAAGUCAAGCAACAUGGCUUGGAUAACGAUCUGGUUGAUAGAAUCAAAAACGAUUCGUACUUUGUGCCGAUUUUAUCCCAGCUAGACCUUCUGCUGGACCCGUUAACCUUCAUCGGUAGGGCGCCCGAGCAAGUCGUCGAGUUCCUCGAAGAGGAGGUGUAUCCCGUGCUCAAGAACUACAAGGGAUUGGAAAGUACAACAGUCGAACUGAAUAUCUGAUUAUAGAGAGCUCUUCAUGUUCCUUCCAAAGAAUGUAUGUGAUGUGUGUCAGCCAGUCAUGUUUAAGAGUGUAAUUGAAGCCUGGCCGAAGUUAGGUUGGCGAUAAGAAAUACGUGCACAACUUUAUUCAUCGCGUUAACAUUUCUUAUAUUCAUAAAUUUAAUAAAAAUUACAGAAAAAUAA